UUUGAUAAUCUUCUUAGCCACAGCCUAAGCACAGCCUGUGUAACUCUGUGAAAUUCCUCUCACCCAAUUGAAAAAGUAAGAGACAGCACACAAUUUGCAGCUUCCCCACCUUUUUCUCUUUCUUCCACUCGCUCUUUUCAAGCCCUUUAACCUAAAUUCCAACCAAUGCCUUGAGAAACAAAUUGGGUUUCGAGAUUUUUGUGAAUAAAAUCCUCCAUUGAUGCAAAACCUCAACUGGGUUUUGCUCUAAGCUUCUCAAAAUGCGAACCCAGAUGGGAAAUCGUUUGAUUUCUCUGUUGCUCUUCAGUUUCCUUCUUCUACUCCCCACUGUGAAGCCAGAUCUUGCUUCUGAUAGAACAGCUCUGCUAGCUCUCCGUUCCGCUGUCGGCGGCCGGAUUCUUCUUCUCUGGAAUGUGACCGAUCAGAACACCUGUUCUUGGCCCGGGAUUCAUUGCGAGGAGAAUCGUGUUACUGUUCUUCGUCUUCCCGGCGUGGCGCUUUCUGGUCAGUUACCGGACGGAGUUUUUGGGAACUUGACUCACCUUCGCACUCUCAGUCUUCGGCUCAACGCCCUGUCCGGUCAGCUCCCAUCAGAUCUCUCUGCUUGCGUUAAUCUCCGCAACCUCUAUCUACAAGGUAAUGAGUUCUCGGGCCUUGUCCCUGAUUUCUUGUUCCAGCUCCCUGAUCUUGUUCGCCUUAAUUUAGCCUCCAAUAACUUCUCCGGCGAGAUCUCAUUGAGCUUCAACAAUUUGACUCGUCUUAAGACAUUGUUCCUUGAAAACAAUCGCUUAUCUGGGUCUAUCCCGGACUUGAAGAUCCCACUAGAUCAGUUCAAUGUUUCUAACAAUCAAUUAAAUGGGUCGGUUCCAAAGGGUUUGCAAUCGUUUUCUUCAAAUUCCUUCUUGGGUAAUUCUCUCUGUGGGCAUCCUCUUGCGGCUUGCCCUGGGGAGAAUGGGGAUAAUAUCGAUACUAAACACAAGAAAAAGCUCUCAGGAGGAGCCAUUGCUGGGAUUAUCAUUGGAUCUGUUCUGGGUUUUGUAUUGAUACUUGUAAUCUUAAUGCUUUUGUGUCGAAAGAAGAGUGCUAAGGAAACAAGUGCAGUGGAUGUUGCCACGGUGAAGCAUCCUGAAGUGGAAAUUCAGGGCGGUAAGCCACCAGGGGAGGUUGAAAAUGGCGGCUACAGUAAUGGUUAUACUGUGCCAGCCACCGCUGCUGGUGGUGGUGCUGCUGCAACAGUGGCGGCGGGGACUGCAAAGAGGGAAGUGAAUGGUAAUGGAAUUGGCUCCAAAAAACUGGUGUUUUUUGGUAAUGCUGCAAGGGUGUUUGAUUUGGAGGAUCUUUUGAGAGCUUCAGCGGAAGUGUUGGGAAAAGGAAGCUUUGGGACAGCUUACAAAGCUGUUCUUGAAGUGGGUUCUGUGGUGGCUGUGAAGAGAUUGAAGGAUGUUACCAUAACAGAGAGGGAAUUCAGGGACAAGAUUGAAGCUGUCGGAUCAAUGGAUCAUGAAUGUUUGGUCCCUCUCAGAGCUUACUAUUUCAGUAUGGAUGAGAAGCUUCUUGUCUAUGAUUACAUGGCCAUGGGAAGCUUGUCUGCUCUUCUACACGGGAACAAAGGAGCUGGUAGGACACCAUUGAACUGGGAAAUCAGGUCAGGAAUCGCUCUUGGCGCUGCUCGUGGCAUCGAAUAUCUUCAUUCUCAAGGUCCUAAUGUUUCCCAUGGAAACAUAAAGUCAUCGAAUAUUCUUCUAACGAAAUCGUACGAAGCUCGAGUCUCUGAUUUCGGUUUAGCCCAUCUUGUUGGACAACCUUCCACCCCCAACCGAGUUGCUGGAUAUCGUGCACCGGAGGUGACUGAUCCUCGUAAAGUUUCGCAGAAGGCUGAUGUCUAUAGCUUUGGUGUAUUGCUAUUAGAGCUUUUGACAGGGAAGGCUCCUACCUACUCCGUUUUAAACGAGGAAGGAGUCGAUUUACCAAGAUGGGUGCAGUCAGUUGUUAGGGAGGAGUGGACAUCCGAAGUUUUCGACCUCGAGCUUCUUAGGUACCAAAAUGUCGAGGAGGAGAUGGUUCAACUAUUGCAACUUGCAGUCGAUUGCGCUGCUCAAUAUCCUGAUAAGCGUCCUGCAAUGUCGGAAGUCACAAAGCGUAUACAAGAGCUUCGUCAAUCCAGCAUUCACGACGUUGCGAAUCUACAACCCGAUUCGGCUCAUGAUCCAGACGAGAUGGGUUCUAGGUGAGUUUGCUUGUUGUUAUUGUACUAAUUUGUUGAUUCAAUAGUUGUAUUUGUUUGUUGUUGGGGUGGGUGAUGUAAUUAGUUACUGCCUUUGCCUUUACUUUGGGGGUUUGAUUGAUCUGUUCAAACUUGAGAUGUUGUUGUUUUAGUUUCUAUAAUGAUGAGCUUUGUUGUGAUGUUGAUUCACAAGAGACCUUUAAAACCAAAGCUAAAAAGACACCCAAUUUAGAGAUAUGUCAAUUCUUUGUAUUGAGUACU